CAUCUGGCAGACCAUUCUUUCUGCCCUGCCGAUUUCCACUCUCUCCCAACCUUCUCCCCAACCUUCCAAACGAUGCCAUGAGAUGCUUGGGGUCCGGCGCCUGGGCGCGGGUGCUGUGUCUCCUGCUGGCAGCCUUGGCCUCCUAUGCGGUCUUCACCACUUGGACGCGCGAAAAAAAAGAAAAACCGCGCAAGUCCAAGGGCAAGACCACGGGCAGUGUGAGCACCACGACGGCAGGGUCCACCACGACGACCGGUGAGCCUGAAGAGGACUUGACGGAGGCAGGGCCAGAAGUGUUGGAAGGGGAGGACUUCGCUGCCAGCGACUUGGACUUCGAGGUGCAGCCCUUACCUCGAAAAAGACAAGCAGAGGUGGAUUUUCAUGAGCGGGUCUUGCCGCUUCAGUUCGAUUUCCAGCUCUGCGAUGGACUGGCGGAUCAACGCUUUCAACUCAUCGAUGGCUUGCUCGCAGGUCUGUUUCUGGGAGCCCAAGUGAGCCUGCCCCGAGAGAUCACGUUGAACGGCGCGCACGAUGGCACCUCGCGCGCCUGGCCCUCAAGCAAGCCCUUGUGGCGAAUCUUUAACAUGGAUCGGCUGCAGAGGGAACUGCAGGAGUUGUACUCCUCGGUCUGGUGUCGUCGGACCGAUCACAGGGCGCAUGAGCUCUGGUGUGGCAACAUGUCCUUCCCGGCCAUCGUCUACAACGACACCGGCUUCCGGUCUGGCGCGGGACGCCGCUCGGACCGGCGCGGGAAAUUCGCGCUGAGCGGGCCGACGCUGCGGACGGUCGACCUGGAAGCCAGGAAUUGGAAGGAUGAGGAGCUGAUGACCGUCGGCGAGCAGAGCUGGAUUCGUAUCGCCAGCAUCGAUGCCCAAUGGCAGAAGGCGCCGGAGCACAUCGUGAGAAUGAAACGACAGCCUUGUGACUUCCCAUACAAGAUGAACGUGGUGGAAGGUGGUCCUUUUUGGCCGAUCUACUGGAAGAUCGACGCCGCACUCAGCUUCAGCUGGCAGAUCCUGGACGCGGCCGAUGCGGUGGCGCGACGGAUGAUGCAUGCCUUUGGGCACGUGGCGCAGAAGAGCCGAGACCGCCGUAGAUUGGGGAGGAAAGCUUCUCAAAUGGGACACCCUCUCGAAGAGAGCGGCAAACUCUUGAGCGGCUUCAACAUGGUGCAUUUGCGAGUCGAGAAGGAUUGGCCAGCUUCGUGCGCGCGCUGGAGCCAGCAUUCCUUAAGGAUCGACAACUGUAUGAGCAACACCUUCCAGAUCGGCAAUGUCUUGCUGCUGGAAGGUGUGAAUCCGGCUUUGCCGGUGUAUCUGGUCACGGAGCUCUCAGCAGAAAAGAUGCAAGAGCUGAAGAAGGACCAGAACUUUACGAACUUCUUCCAGGUCUAUACAGUGGUGACCAAGGAUAUGUUUAGCGACUUAGAUGUGGCGUUUGAUGAUUGGCCUGCAAUCGACUACUCGUUGGCGCAGCAGGCCGAUUUGUUCGUGGGGAACUCACUGAGCACCUUUGCAUCGUUGAUGCUUCAGUAUCGGAACUGGCAUGGGCUGCCGGGCUUCCACUACAAUGGAGGCACCUUUCCAUUGGAAGACUUGAGCCUCUUGAAGCCACGCAGCCCGACGGCCACGGGGCCGGUGCGGGCGGCCAUCGUUUGGGUCUUUACGCUGCCGUCCUACGUGAAGCGCUUCGACAUCACCUACAACAUGACCAUGGUGGCCUUAAGGAGUGCCAAAGCGCGAACCUCCUUGAUUCCCGUUUGCAUCACUACCGCGGAGCCUUUCGCGGACAUGGCGGUGCUCCUCGUCUCGAUGGGUGUCCGUGUGCUGUACCACACCCCGCUGUGGCAAGAGCGCGUUGCCGAGCUGGCCACAGACAGCGGCUUCUACAGCGAGCGGGACCUGGAGAAAGGCAUCGAUGCAGUGGUCUCCAAGCUUCUCGUGGUGGACAUGCCCACCAUGGGAUUUCGGGAUCAGCUGGUGAUGUACACGGACCUGGAUGUGAUCUUUACUGGUGAGGUGACCUGGGCUGAGCUGUUAGGGCGAAGCUACUCGAGCUUGAUGCGUUCCUUGAGACGAAAGAUGCUCUCCCACCACACCUUCCAGAGCUAUGCGCUGAAGGGCCAGACGGGGGUGCCGAUGUUCUUUGGGAUUCCUGGCAAUGUGUCCAGGAGAUCAAGGAAGUCAGCGCUGGACAAGGGGGUGAUGCUGCUGAACCUGAGGAUUCUGCGAGACCAAUACAAGAAGUACCAAGAGGACUUCUUUGAGAGUAGCGACUUCUUCGGUUCCUUGUCCUCCUCCACGGCGGUGCUGCUGAGCUUCUACCGCGAUGCCCGCGAGCAGCUGGCGGAGCUGCCGGCGGACCUGUGUACGACACAGUUCUACAACCUCUCGUAUCCGGCGAGCAUCACACAUUUUGCGGGCAUCAACUGCGAUGCCGAUAUCUUGCCCUACUUGGAGUCCGGCCGCGUGGUCUUCGAGCCCUAUCGGAAGCGCUUGAGCAAAUGCGACGACACGGCGGCUCGGACCGUGGUCAUCCGCCGCUCAGGGGUCACUGGACACGGGAAGAGGAUGGAAGAGGUAGGAACAGGUAGGUCAACCCAGGCAAGUUAGCAAGGCCAGAAGGUCAACCCAGGUCGCUCUCCUGGUUUUGAAGCACAGCCAUUUGGCAGCGACCGGUUUCCCUUAGGGAAGAUCGCGAUGAAGAUGUCGGCCGGUUUUUGAAGGAGACACAUCCUCUUGAAGAGGUCAAAAUGACGGCCCAGUGACGUGUCGAAGUCCGUCUUUUGCGUGCUGAAGAGCCAUCGGAUCUAACAUCAAGCAAGGGCCUUGCUGCAGACUGGAUGACAGUUGGGUUAGCAGGAAGAUGUUCGUUCGCAAGGGGCGCUGUUUGGAUUGGUAACGAAAGCAAGGGAAGUAUAAAUAGACAAGGUAUUGAGUGUUUUCCCUGCUGGAGAGGCUCCUUCUAGCGGGCAUCUACAGGGAAUCGUCCAAACAAAUCUAAUUACACGAUGAGAGGCGAGAAACUCAGGACUCCUGCAGCUAUGCACAGAGACCAACUGCAGUGGGGCGCUUUCAAGCUGUGCGUUUACAUACAUUGCGAAGCAUUUGGGAAUAGCGUGAGUGAGCGUUCCUAGACCGACCGGCGUUCUUCACCAUGUGCUUAAGAACAGUUGUUCAUGCUCGCCAGCAUCCCCGAUUGGCCUGGUACAAAUAUUUCCCAGACACUCCAUGUAUGCCAUAUAUGUCUACAUUGGGGUGGUUUGAGGGGUCAAUGUAGGCAUAUAUGGCAUACAUGGAGUGUCUGGGUUUGGAUUUAAGCCAUGAGUCCAUGAGUCUUGGUUCGGGGUUGAUCCACACAGACUUUCAACCAUUGGUUCGGGAACCUUCGGCACGCCCAGUCAAUGGUUGGGCGUGCCGCCCUCGACUUCACCGGGUCUGAGAGUUCUGAAAGGUUCUGAGAGGUUCGAGAUGCUUGUUACAGGUUCUCCAUUUCACUAGGUUGUCUUUACCAGCUCCCACAGCUUUGUCACGCAGUCCAGAUGUCAUUCCAGGAUAGCUGCCGAAGCAUUUGCGAAAACUACACCAAGUAUGUGCUGGCGUAGGUCGUUGCUCUUGGCAAGUGUCGGAGAAAAGUUAGACCGCAUCGGGAGAGGUGGAAAUUCUUGCUGUUUGCAGCUGUGCUGGACGUUUACACCAUUGUAUCUACUGUAUAGAUGUACAUAGUUCUGGAAUGUUCUGGAGUAUGUAAAAAUAUAUAGAAUCAGAUAUCAGCGAUAGGACAUGCAAAACUUUCAAGAGUAUGGUGGGCACGGUUGUGUUUCGCUCACGUGCUGGAGUGAACGUGGCGAAAAAAGACCACAGGUUUGAAAUUGUGUUUGACGGCUCGAAGCCUGCUGGUUGUAGCCAGACUAGACCUCUUAAGUCAUGUUGUAAGAUCAGACCCUGAGGUCCUGCAAGGAAUUUGGCUCUCAUGAAAUAAUGUGGCUGAUGAGUACCACUUCAUUCGUAGGGAUCAUCGAUUUGUUCCCCUGCUGUUGAGUUGAUGGAAGAACUCUUGCACCGGGUGGCAUGUGGAAAACCACCAUAUUUACCGUGCUGGGGGGGCAAGGGAGGCGGUUCAGGAUGACUCCUGCAUCUCCCACCUAUGAAAGUGAAGAGGAUUCCUCCUGCCUUCCACUUCCAGCUCAGGAAUCUGAAACGAUG